AUGAUUGAUAUAAGACACCUUUCUGAAUUAGAAUCUAAUAAUUCUAUACAAAAAAUUGCAGAAUUAGAUAGAAUCUACUUAAAAAAAUCAUAUAUAUAUGAAGGAUGUAAAAACGGAUAUAGUAUAUAUGGAAUUCACAGGCUACUAAAUAACGAAGAAUAUGAUCCAAUAGCUAUUUUUUAUAUUGCUGAAUAUAGCAAUAAAUGUUGUAGAAGAUAUUGUUUUGGAGACUGUAGGUAAUUUAAAUUAUUAGUUAGCGAUACUUCAGUCAAAGAAAAGAAUGAAAUCUUUGAAAAAAAUGUUUUUAUUGAGUUCAAUAGGCCAUAUAGAUGCACAUUUUGCUGCUUUAAAAGGCCUGAAAUGUCUGUUAAUGUAAAAAUAAAUGAUAUUAAUAUCUACAUUGGGAAGAUUGUUAUGCCUUUUAAGUUUUUUUAUAGCCCAAUGACGAUUGAAGCAUAUGAUGCUAAUAAUAAAUUGAAAUACUCUAUUAAAGAUAGUUGCUGUAAGUGUAUAAUUAUGUGUGGAGGUUGUAGCUGCAAAAAAACAUGCUAAGAGGACUACUUUAAGUUGUAUGACAAAAACUAGAAAGAACUUAUUCCUAUAAAAGUAAAAGCAUAUGAUUGUAAUGAUUCUUGCCAGUAUUCAAUUUAUGAUAAAAUAGCUGAAUUCCCAUAAGGAGCUUCAACACAAGAUAAGAUCUUACUAAUUGCUGCUAUCAUUAUGCAUGAUUUAACAUUUCUUGAAAAUGCACCUGAAAAAAGAAAAGCUCAAAAUCAUAUGAAUUGA